UUAGGAGGACUGUCGUCAUCCGAACCUCCUUCAGUGACAACCGACCGUCGACGAAGGCUAAGCUGUAGAGGGGUCGUUAUAAAGUGGACAUUUCUGUAGGUAGGUUUAUUAGAGCCGUGUAGCGCGACAUGGAUGAUUUUGAUAUGCUCGGCGCGCCUCAGAGCAGCGCGGGGAACGGCGUGGCGGGUGAGGACGAGGACCCCGCCGCCGCUUUUCUCGCCCAGCAGGAGAGCGAGAUCGCAGGCAUAGAGAAUGAUGAAGGCUUCAGCAUCCUGGACGGAGGAGAGGUUCCUCAGAGCCUCAGUGACAACAACGAUGGAGCACUGAACGGAGAUCUGCACGAGACUAACGGCCCCUCUGACUUGUACGCCGCCAUCUCCAGCGCUGACCGCAUGCAGGCGGAGCCCGAAAGUCUGCGCAAGUGGAGGGAGGAGCAACACGACAGACUGGAGGCUCUGGAUGAGAACUCCCGUAAACAGGAAGCUGAGUGGAAGGAGAAAGCGAAGGAGGAGCUGAAGGAGUGGCACGCUCGACAAGACGAACAGCUCGCUAAGACUAAAGUCAACAACAGGGUUUUGGACGAGGAUUUCUACAAACAGCCCUUCGCUCACCUGAUUGGUUAUGUCACUCAUAUUAACCAUCCUUGCUACCGCCUAGACCAGGCGGCGGAGGAGGCGAUCCUGUCGGAGGCGGAUGACAGCAGUCCCGGGACGGAGUGGGAGCGCGUGGCGCGACUCUGCGACUUCAACCCCAAAUCCAGCAAACAGGCCAAAGACGUGUCCCGCAUGCGCUCGGUCCUCAUCUCACUGAAACAGGCCCCGCUCGUCCGCUAGAGCUCACACACACACACACACACACACACACUCGCCUCGCACACAAACAAGCCGGACCUACCGCGGCUCCCAGCGUCCCCGUGGGCCGCAUCACUUCCUGUCUGCGCUCACCGAACGUCUCGUACCUGUUAAAUAUAUACGUAUAUAAAUAUCAUGAUAAAAUAUAUAUAAAAUAUUAACAACACAUUAACUCCCAGCAGCCCCUGGGGCAGAUCUCUUCCUCUCCGAGUAACGACGCACACACACACACACACGCACACUCUCUCACACACACUCCAUCUAUAAAUAUAUCCAUGUGUAAUAAUGAUGAUCUUCACGUUAUUGUUUGUUUAUUUUACGGACCAAACUCCAGCAUCGUGUUUCCAUUUACUGCCCCGUGUGUGUGUGUGUGUGUGUGUGUGUGUGUGUGUGUGUGUGGGGAUUAUCCAAUCUAUGCAGGAAUGAAGUAUAAACACAGUGUGUGUGUAUAUGUGUGUUAUAAAUGUUUGAUGUUGUGUGUGUGUGUGUGUGUGUGUGUGUGUUAAAAACACCGGACCAGUGUACACUUCACAGCUAGUUGUUCAGAACUGCACCUUGGUUCUUCUCCUUCUUGUUGUUGUUUUUGAUUCUGAUUCUGAUUAAAUGUGGAUGAAACUUGGA